UGCCAUGGGACAGGGGCCCAUACAUACCCUGUGUCGGAGGCGUUUGUAAUCUUUGUGGAUUCUGGUCAAUUGAUCCGGUUUGUAUCCUGGUUGUUCAGGGCACUUCUGCUCAUCGGCGGAUGGUCUGGCAUUUCUGAGGCAGAGGCAAGCCUUUUUCUCCUCUCCCCCUUUCAGUUGGCUUUUAUUUAAAUUUGGGCCAGGGGGUAGGCUUCCCAGGGAAAUAGCCUGCAGUGGCAAGAUGGCGAACAGAGGGUUGUGAGGUGGGAUGGUAAAUGAAAAACGCGUUCAUCGAUGAAUUAAGGUGUGUAAACCAAAGUGUGUGUGAUGGAACAGCAGAAUCAUUCAAAGCAGCUGCUACUGCAGCUGAACCAGCAGCGAGCCAAAGGAUACCUGUGUGAUGUCAUCAUCGUGGUGGAGAACGCGCUGUUCCGCGCCCACAAGAACGUCCUGGCGGCUAGCAGCGUCUACUUCAAGUCGCUGGUCCCCCACGACAACCUCAUCAACCUGGACACAGAGAUGGUCAGCCCCUCCAUUUUCAGACAGGUGUUGGACUUCAUCUAUACAGGUUGUCUGUCCAGUUCUGACUCCGUCAGUGACCACAGUAUCUCGUCUCUCCUGAUCGCCGCCUCCUACCUCCAGCUGACUGAACUGGCUGCUCUCUGUCGCAGGAAGCUCAAACACAACGGUCAGACCCCCUCCAGCUCCAACAAGAUGACCCCCUCCUCUUCCACCUCCCCAACCCCAAAUGGACACACCCCUGGCCCACUCUGCCUCUCCUCCACCCCCCUCCACAACCACCAGCACCAUAACAACCACUCAGGGUCCAAGAAGGGGAGCCAGAGGAACCAGAGACCGAGCCAGGAGGGAAGGCUGAGAGAGGAUCUGUCCGAGAAGGUGUUUAUUUCAGGCUCGCGCUGUGCCUCCCUCAGCCCCUCUGGAGAAGGUAGGAGUAAUGGGCUGGGACUGGACCUGUCCAAAAGGAGUCCAUCAGAGAGCACUGCCACAGAGGAGGUGUCCCCCAGCAGUCUGCUCCAGAGCUCUUCCCCCCACUCCUCCUCUCUCUCCCCCACUCCCACUCCUCCCACAACGUCUAGUGCUAAGCCAGAGCCUCCAAAGACCUCCACAGACAUCCAGCCCAGAGCCCCUCGCAAGAGGCCCCGAGGUGAUAAAGUGACCCCAGAGCUGGAGGAUGGAGAGGUGGAUGGAGAGGAGAACGGUCUAGAUCAGAGUGAGGGGAGCGGGCACAGUGGAAGAGGAGGAGGAGGAAGAAAAGGGAGGAGAAAUGGAAACACCAACUACAUCUACCGUCAGCCCCAGCCAGGGUUUGAGCCAGGUGUGGGGGACAACCUGUACGUCUGCAUCCCCUGUGGGAAAGGCUUCCCCAGCUCAGAACAGCUCAAUGCCCAUGUCGACACACACACCCACGACCAACUCUACCUGAAAGACGAGGAGGAGGAAGAGGAAUGUGGUGGAUACUUGAAGGACAAAGAUCCGGACACAUGCCCAGAUGACUCUGCAUCAAAGGGGAUGAAGCCUGACCCUGAAGAACCUGGGCAUCUCUGCACAGUCUGCAGUAAGAGCUGCAAGGACGCGACAUCACUACGGCAACACGAGAAGAGCCAUUGGCUGAACAGGCCAUUCCCCUGUAACAUCUGUGGCAAGCUGUUCACUCAGCGAGGCACCAUGACGCGCCACAUGAGGAGUCACCUGGGCCUCAAGCCCUUCGCCUGCGAGGAGUGUGGCAUGCGCUUCACACGCCAGUACCGCCUCGCCGAGCACAUGCGGGUCCAUUCGGGGGAGAAGCCGUACGAGUGCCAGCUGUGUGGCGGAAAGUUCACCCAGCAACGCAACCUCCUUAGUCAUAUGAGGAUGCACACCUCGCCCUCAUAGAGGACACUUCACCAUGGUUACUGCAGCUGAACCACAGCUACCUGGGUUCUAUUAGGCUGUCUACCUCAUCUUCAGAUAACUAUCUGGACCCUCUGUUACCCAUAGUACCUCCUCACCCUUGUAAACACACCUGGCUUCUACCUCAUUUUCAGCUAACCAUCUGGAGCCUCGGUUACCCAUAGUACCUCCUCACCCUUGUAAACACACCUGGCUUCUACCUCAUUUUCAGCUAACCAUCUGGAGCCUCGGUUACCCAUAGUACCUCCUCACCCUUGUAAACACACCUGGCUUCUACCUCAUUUUCAGCUAACCAUCUGGAGCCUCGGUUACCCAUAGUACCUCCUCACCCUUGUAAACACACAUGGGUUCUACCUCAACUUCAGAAACACCUUGAAAUGAAUUACCUCACCUUUAUAACCACUCACCCCGAGUAACUUUACCAAUAUUGUCAACCUCUUAACAACUAUCACUUAUACCCUCACCCUCGUAACAACUAUCACCCAUACCCUCAACUAGGGAUUCAUAUUUUCACGAAAACCUACCAAGUUUUAAUACGGGGAAUAAUUUAUAUUUAUCCCAAGAGUCCCGGGAAAUACCUAAAAAAAUGUGAUGUGCCCAUUCUCAGCCCUUUAAAACCAAGAUAUGUCACUAUGCCUGGGUUCUCCCAAAAUAAGAUUGUCGCUGUGCCACAAUGCCGGCUUGGCUGCGCCACUGUAAAGGUUUCACAGCAAGUGAAACUGAUAUUUAGUAAUGAUAGAGUAACUUUGAUCACCAAUGACAUUGUUGUGAAUUGCGAAACAGGCUAUUCAUGAAUUCCGAGCAUUAUCAUGUUACUCAAUUAAUUUAGCCCAGGACUACUGCUGAAAUAUGCUAUCUCGAGACAGAGCAUGGUCAGGACCCACAGAGCCCAGAGUAGGCUAUAGUGUUGUCGAAUCAUACAAACUUUGUAAAGGCAGUCAAACAAAAGUCAAAUGACUAAAGUUGCUACGCUUGUUAACCUCCAUCAAAUGACAAAAUAUCUCCUAUUUGGCAAAAUGGAGUUGAUGAUUAUACAGAUAGCAGAUCAGCUCAUGAAUAACUAGUAGUUGAAGAGGGGAAAUUGUUUAAAGAUCAAUGUAUCUUAACGGGGACCAUACUCUCCUCUCGUACUGUUUGUUGAUCUCACAUUCUGUACCGAUCCUCUCAUAUGGUCAGGAAUACGAAAUAGCGCAGAGAAACGGGGGAAAUGUUCCAGGUAUUUUGACAUGCAUUGUUUUAUUUUUGAUUUAUUUAACCUUUAUUUAAUUAGGCAAGUCAGUUAAGAACAAAUUCUUAUUUACAAUGACAGCCUACCCCGGCCAGACCCUGA